CGAAUGAUAAAAAAGACUUGAGUUUGCGUCUUAAAAAAAAAAAGAAAAACCACUUAAAAUUCGACAAAUCAUUAAAUUUUGUUCGAUAAGUUAUCAAAAGAAUUGUAUAUAUAUGUUGAGUGUGCCUCUUUUACUUCGUUGUAGUGCUAAUUUUUGUAGAAAACCGCCAGCCAAUUUCCUCCACCCAACAAUUCUUUCCCCAUUCAAGUUCACUGGUGCUUCACGUAAUCAAAUUGAUUUUCCAGUAAUUAAACAACUAACAACAAUGUCCUCUGAAAAACCUAAAAUUGUUUUUGUACUCGGUGGUCCAGGUGCUGGCAAAGGCACUCAAUGCCAACGAAUUGUUGAUAAAUUCGGUUUUGUUCAUCUCUCGGCUGGAGAUUUACUCCGCGAAGAGCGCAUGCGAGAGGGUUCCGAAGUUGGAGCACUCAUCCAAGAUUACAUUAAAAAUGGUAAAAUCGUUCCUGUCGAAAUAACAUGCUCCCUCAUUGAAAAUGCCAUGAAAAAUUCAAACAAAAAUAAGUUCCUUAUUGAUGGCUUCCCGAGGAACCAAGACAAUCUUGAUGGCUGGAACAAUAAGAUGUCCGACAAAGUCGAUUUCCAAUUUGUGUUAUUCUUCAAAUGUACCGAGGAUGUUUGCAUUCAACGUUGUUUGAAGCGUGGAGAGUCGAGUGGACGUGCCGAUGACAAUUUGGAGAGUUUAAAGAAACGAAUCGAAACCUAUGUGGGUGAUUCGUUGCCAAUUAUUCAACAUUAUGAAAAGCAGGGCAAAGUGAAGACUAUCGAUGCUAGUCCAGAUGCUGAUGUUGUUUUUGAAGAAGUUGAAAAGGUCAUAUCUGGAUUGUAAGGAUAAGAUCUGUCCUCCUUUACACCAAAAUAAUAAAAAUACACUUUAAUGUAUGCCUAAGUAGAUAAAGCAAAUUGUAUGUAGGUAAAAAUUGUAGACGCAUUUCAUUCCGUAAAGUCAAUAAUAAUGAGGCGAUGAUGAUGAGCCGCCAGGAAUAAAUUUAUAUUUUUAAGUAAUUUAAAGUUAUCUAUCACUCAAGUGUGAUUAUGCCGAUUGUAGAUUAAAAAAAAAAAAAAAAAAACACAAAAAAUGUGA